UGAGAGACCGAGUUUGUUAAGUCAAAACUCAGAAUCCUACGCCCAUCCCGAAGUUUCCUCUUUUUAGAACUCAGAAAUCUUCCACACUCUGUCCCUCUGAAAACCCUCUCUGCUCUCUCUCUUUCUCUCUAGUGUAGACACAAAACAAGAAGAAACAGACAGACACCAUUUUCCCUUAAACCCCAAGAAUCAAAAUCCAAAAUCCACCUUUCUAAUCCAUUUUUUAAUGGAGUUUUUCAGAAAAGCAAAAGCAGUUAGAUUAAGAAGUCACUUAGACAAAUACUUAGUAUCAGACGAAAACAAAGAAAACAUAAGACAGAGUCGAAGGCAGAAAUCGUCAUCAAAAUCAAAAUGGUUUGUUGAAUUUGUAGAAGACAAUAGCCAAGCAAUACAUCUUAGGAAUAUCUAUGGGAAUUAUCUAACAGCAAGUGAUAAACCAUUUCUACUUGGUAUGACUGGAAAAAAAGUGUUACAAGCUGAAUCAAAAAAUAAAUUUGAUUUGUCUAUUCAGUGGUUUCCAAUUAGAGAUGGGUUUCAAGUUAAGUUAAAAUCAUUUGAAGGGAAAUUCUUGAGAGCUAAUGGUGCUACACCACCUUGGAGAAAUACUGUUACUACUGAUAUUAUUUCGGAUAAUUCUGCUACUAAAGAUUGGGUUUUAUUCGAUAUUGAGACCGUUGAUGGUGAUGAGAAUGAUUUAGGAUCAAAUUUUUCUGAUUUGCAAUCUCAGUUAUCAAGUUUAUCAUCAUUUUCUGAAGAUUUUACUGAUUCGCCUAAAUCACCUUGGUCUACUAUGGCUACUCCAAAACUUUCUUCUUCUCAGACGAUGGACCCGAAAAUAAACUUCAACACUUCUACACCGACGUCGAAGAAGUUCGGGAUGGAAUUAUUUCACAACGCAAAAGCAGUGAGAUUACGAAGCCACCACGAGAAAUACUUGAUAGCAGAAGAAGAUGAAGAAACAGUAACACAAGACAGAAACGGAUCAACAAAAACAGCAAGAUGGGUUAUAGAAUUCAUAGAUGGAGGUGAUUACAUAAGAUUAAAAAGUUGUUACGGAAAGUAUUUAACGGCAUCAAACGAACCAUUUUUAUUAGGUAUGACUGGCAGAAAAGUGACACAGAGCUUACCAAGGAGAUUAGAUUCAUCUAUUGAAUGGGAACCGAUAAGAGAUGGAUAUCAGAUUAAAUUGAAAACUAGGUACGGGAAUUUCUUGAGAGCUAACGGUAGUGUGCCUCCAUGGAGAAAUUCAGUUACUCAUGAUAUUCCUAAAAGAAGUAAAUCCCAGGAAUUGUUGUUAUGGGAUGUGGAUAUUCUUGAGAUUCAAGUGUUGCCUAAACCUAUUCAAUCGGUAUCAGUUAUACCAAAACAAGAAUAUCAUCAACAGGAACAGGAACAUCAGAAUCAUCAUGAUGAUGUUUUGCCUUCUCAACAACCUCCUGAUUCUCCACCUUCUCCAGUCAAAUCUACCCCUAAAGUUUCUAGACUUGAGCCAAGUGAUUCAUCUGUGAGUUCUUCGGCUUCACUGCACGUGGAAUCCGAAGGUAGAAUGAUAUAUUUCCGUAUAGCUAAUGAAGAUAGUGAUGACAUUGAAGAAGAAGAAGAAGAGGAAGAAGGUUCAUUUACUUUUAAGGGUAAUGGAGUUGAGGAAUUAACUCUAAGGUUAGAGGAAGAAACAGGACUUGAAGAUAUAAUGGUGUGCACUAAAAGUGUAUUGAAUGGAAAACUUUAUCCUAUGCGAUUACAUCUGCCUCCUAAUAAUGCUACCAUGCAUGUUGUGGUUGUUCAAGCUUCAUCAAAAGCUGCAAGAGAUAUUAAGCCAGGCCUAUUAUGAAAACAUAUGUGAUCAAGUUUCCACUUUGUUCAAGUAAUGCUUGCUAAAGAAAAAUGAGAAGAUGUAUUUGGUAUUUGUUAGGUUAAGAGUUUUUUACUCUUUUGAGCUGUACACUUGUAUAAUCCUAGUCUUGAUUGUUUUCCCAUUAGAUUUUGUCCAACUGUUUGGUAGUGAAUUUAUAAGAGUUUCAAUGAUUAUGUGGAUGCCAAUCUUUAAA